AUGAACGCGUGUGUCGAAUUCGCAAUUACCGUUGUACGUCGUGAAAUUCGAAAAACACCCGUUAAUCGGACGCAAAUGGUUGAUGCGUUUGUCGGUCGGAACAAAAUACUGCGAAAAAGUGCGGUCAAUGAAAUAAGUAGAGGUAUUCCUGAAAGCAACCGAGCUACUCCGGAUAUUGUGCCUGACUCUUCUGUUGCGGUGAAGAAAGUGUUGCUAAAGUUUUCAAGAGUGUUCGAGGAAUCAAUUGGAAAAAUCUCCCGUGAUCAAGCCAACCUUCCUUUAAAGAAGGAUGCUCGUCCCGUUUUCUUAAAGGCCCGUAAAAUACCGUUCAAUCUGCAGAAGGUUGUCGAAGCAGAGCUUGACAAACUAGUAGAAGAAGAAGUUUUAACGAAGGUCAACCAAAGUAACUGGGCAACCCCAAUUGUGCCGGUGAAGAAAUCCAACAAUCGUGUGCGUAUUUGUGGGGACUACAAUCAAACUGUCAACACUAACCUUGUGGUAGACAAACACCCGCUUCCAACGGUGGAUCAGCUGUUCGCUUCCCUUGCUGGUGGGAAGAAAUUUAGCAAGAUUGAUUUAGUGCAGGCCUACUUGCAACUUGAAGUCGCUCCGGAAGAUCGCGAAAUUCUAACCCGGAGCACUCACCGAGGUUUGUACCUUCUCAGUCGCCUCAUGUACGUGGUGGCGUCGGCACCUGCUAUCUGA